CUGAGCAGCACAGGACCACACACAGUCUCACUGAGUCAGUAGACAUGGAGGAUGGGAAGCCUGAUCUGCUGCUGGUCAAAGAAGAGACAAUAAAGGACGGACUAGAGAGCAUUGACCUGCUGAGUGGACUAAAGAUGGGGGAGCAAGGUGGCUGGCUGGAGGCAAACAGAGGAGACUGGGCGGCCAUCUUGGAUUCCCAGACCCAGACGGGUGCAACCAAGGGCCCAGGGGACAACAUCACUGAGCAGGGCAGAACCAGAGGCGACAUAGUGGAGUCUGCAGUCCAUGAGGACUUGCUGAUAUCCAGUGUUACUGGUGGGAGAGAGUGGACCUCUGAAGCGGCUGGUCACAAACCCUGGCCCCGGAUCGGGACCAUGGAUCAGGAGCCAUCGCUCUUCCUUCCUGAGUCGGAUCCAGGACCGAACCGCGAGGGACAGAGACUCCACCACCACCACAACUACACAGAACACAACCAGUGGACAGGUGGACUGAACAACCUCAGUCCUGGUGGUCAUAAGAGAGACAGAGGCUCCAGUCAGGGAUCCAGUCUGCAGCCCAGAUCCUUUUCUUCACAGUCUCAGUGCAGGGAUGAAGCAGGGCCUGGGACUGAUAGAGGUAGACCCUCCUGUUCCUAUGAUACAAACAAAACAGUAUCCAUGAUGAACAGAGCAAGUCACCCUGGGCUUCAGCCUUCAGAGAGAGUGGUGGGAGAGCCCCCUGGUGGGAGUCUAACAGGAAGUCUGUCUUCUCUUUCCGGGUCUCGUCUAAUGCCUAGUGACUGGGUUCAUAAAAGGCAUGGGCCUGGACCUGGGUCUAGCCUUCCUCAGCUACCUCAUGGUUACCCUACCAAUACAGCACACAAUCCCAACAACACCCAAACAAUGGCUAGAGGUCAAGGAGGGAGCUCAAAGACUAACCACCUGAGGGUGGUGGCUCCUGCUUCUACUUCCUCUGGUGUUAUUGGGUCACAGCGUGGGAGGCAGAGCAUUAGGGGGGAUGCCGACAAGCCGUACGCCUGCCCCACAUGUGGGAAGCGCUUCGCUCAGGCGAAUUAUGUGAAGAUGCAUCAGACCGUUCACACCAAGGAGAAGCCCUUCAAGUGCAAACUAUGUUACAAGAGCUUCUCCUUCCUGACUAACCUUACCAGACAUAAGAGUGUCCACAAUGGGGAGAAAUCGUAGCACUGUGGCUUGAGUUUUACACAGGGGAUAUCUGGGAACCAUUCUUUAGCUGACAUAUUAUAGUGAUCAUGCGAAGUGUCUUAGGGUAAGAUUUUAUUUUUUAAAGUACUCUAAGUCCCUCCAUUGAGCAUCUGGGUAUGCUCACAUUUUCGUCCUCCAUUUGGCAAAUCUGACCAUAACUCUAUCCUCCUGAUUCCUGCUUACAAGCAAAAACUCAAACAGGAAGUACGAGGACGCUCUAAAUUCGGAAGUGAUCAGAUGAUGUGGAUGCUAAGCUACAGGACUGUUUCGCUAGCACAGACUGGAAUAUUGUUCUGGGACUCAUCCGAUGGCAUUGA